AUGGCUCCAACUUUCAAAUCGGUAGCAGUCCUACGUGGUUACCUUGAGGACGACACAGAAUGGCACACAUGCCUCGAAGAAGCAGCUCUAUCAAGACAACCAAAACAAAUGCGAUCACUGUUUGCAACAAUUCUCAUUUUCUGCCAGCCAACAGAACCUGCAACCCUUUUCAACUCCUUUCAAGUCCCAUUGUUAGAGGAUAUUCGACACUUAACACCACAACUCACUGAUGCUCGCAUAACACAGCUAACCCUCGAUGACAUCAACAACUUCCUCCUUCGUCACAACAAGACAUUAUCAGACUUUCCAACCAUGCCACAGCUAUCCAGUACACUCUAUGAUCAACAAGCUGCAAAUCCACUUCAGACCUACAACGCCCUAGAAGAAAAAGAAAAAGCUGACAGGAACUGCGCCCUUCUAAAUGAUGACCAGACCAAAAUAUACACUGCUGUCAUGAACACAGUCACUUCACAAAAUUCGGCAUUCUACUUCAUCGAUGGCCCGGGAGGUACAGGCAAAACCUUCCUAUACAACACCAUUCUACAUCGGAUCAGAUCUAUAAACUUGAGUGCAGUAGUCCUCGCAUCAUCAGGAAUAGCUUCUGAAUUACUGAAUGGAGGCCGAACUGCGCACUCAAAGUUCAAAAUACCCAUCCCAAUUCAGCCGAACAGCACAUGCAACAUCACCAAAAAAUGUGCAUUAGCAACUGAAAUAAAAAAUGCUGCAAUUAUCAUUUGGGAUGAAGCACCUAUGAUGCACAGGCAUGUUUUUGAAGCUGUCCACAGAACCUGCUGCGACAUCAUGGAAGUAGAUGACAGUAUACCAUUUGGAGGAAAAACUGUGCUUUUAGGCGGCGACUUCCACCAGAUAUUACCAGUUGUGCGCCAUGGUAGAGAAGCCGAUGUUCUCGCAAGCAGUUUAAAGAACUCCUUCCUCUGGCAAUAUGUACACAUUCAUCCCCUCACAGAAAACAUGCGCACCAAACAGAACCCUCAGUCACAACAAGAAGCAAAUGACUUCCAAAACCUCCUCCUUGACAUUGGAAAUGGCACCAGGACAACGUACCCCAGCAUUGGACCCUGCAUGGUACAACUUCCUCCAAAUAUCUGCCUUGAUCCUGUCCAAGGAGGCCUAACAGCACUCAUUAAUGCCAUCUUCCCUGAUCGAAACAACAUUGACUACUCUCGAGCAAUACUCUGUGCUACAAAUGAAGAUGUUGACAACAUCAACAACACCAUCAUAGAUACAACCCAAAAGGAUACAGUUACGUACCUCAGUGCAGACUCAAUCACUGAUCCCUCCCAAGUCUUCCUAUAUCCUGUUGAAUUCCUCAACACAUUAACUCCUCCAGGUCUACCACCCCACAACUAG